AUGAAUUCUAGUCUUGCAAACACCACAAUGAAAGGCAAGGAUCAAAUGAAAAGCUCUCAUUCUUGCAUACCUUCAGCAUCAUCCCAAAUUUUGCAGAAGUGUUGCAUUAGAGGAAAUCAGAAAGGGAAACAUGACUGUGAUUUACCAUGCAGUUUUAGUUCUGAAUCUCAUGUCCUAUCGACGGUAAACAUAUUUGAAAUGGCACAAGCACAAUUACUUCACCAUACGUCGAAGAAAGAGGAUGAUCCCUCCAUUGCUUCUCAACCCCUUAAUUCACAUAGUGAUCUGUCUCUUGAAGUUUUAGAUGAUUUUCAGCUUGCUCUUCUACUUCAAGCUUCUGCUGAAAUGUUUUCCAAGAGACACUAUGAACGUGCAACGGAGUUACUAAGCUUGUGUAAUCUGUCUGCUUCUCUUACAGGUACUCCGGUUCAAAGAGUUGUGUACUACUAUAGUGAAGCUCUUCGAGAGAAAAUCGAUAAGGAGACAAAAUCGAUAACAGGAUUACAACUAGAUAGACUUGUAGAUUUUGAAGUGAAACCAACUGGCGUUGAAGAGCUUUUCUUGUGUUCAAAGCCUCAUUCAGAAAAACGACUUCAUUUGAUUGAUUUUGGAAUUAGAAGUGGAUCUCACUGGACAAUCCUUAUGCAAGCUCUUGCGAAUCGAGGUGAUUAUCCACUUGAGCUUCUCAAGAUAACCGCUAUUGGAACAUCUAAACAAGUGGUUGAUGAAACAGGGAAAAGAUUGUCAUCUUUUGCUGCUGAAAACAUGAAGUUUCCCUUCUUCUUUAAGGCAGUGGUGUCAGAAAUGAAGGACCUCAGUAAAGAUCUCUUUGAGUUAGAUACUAAUGAAGUUGUGGUAGUUUACUCAGAGUAUAUUCUUGGGGGUAUGUUAGCAUGGCCUAAUCACCUUGAAGUUGUUCUAAGAUUCAUUAAAAACCUCAAUCCUUGUGUGAUAGUGGUCAUCGAAACUGAGGCAAAUACUAACGAGCCAAUUUUUAUGGAUCUAUUUAAUGGAUCAGUGUUUCUGUAUGCUGCACUCUUUGAUUGUUUGGAGGCUUUCAUGGAACGAGACAAUCAGCAUAGGAUGGAAUUUGAAAGACUUGUUCUUAGAGAAGUCAUUCACAAUGUGAUCACUUGUGAAGGAGAAGGAAGGAUCUUCCGCAACGUAAGGCUGGAAGUAUGGAGGGCUUUGUUUGAAAAGUUUGGUAUUAAGGAAACAGAAUUGAGCGAAUCAUCCUUGUAUCAGGCAAAUCUAAUGGCCGAUAGGUCUGCUCAUGGUUUUUGCACUCUGGAUAUGGAUGGAAAUUGCCUUACUAUUAAAUGGAAAGGAACUCCAAUAGUAUUUGCUUCAGCUUGGAAGUUUGUCCAUGAUUGA